AUGAGCAAAAAGGCUGCGAAGACUCAGACUAAGGAGCAGUCAUAUGACUUUCGCGAUAUCGUACUCGCCAAAGUACGCGGAUAUCCCCCUUGGCCUGGCAUGGUCGUGGACCCAGAGUCGGUCCCCGUAAAUGUCAAACAUGAGCAGCCCCACGCUGCAAAGCAGAAGAAGGGCAACUGGUAUUGUGUACGCUUCUUCCCCGCUGGUGACUACGCUUGGAUUGUCCCCAAGGAUAUCUCCAAGCUGCAACAGCACGAAAUCGAGGCGUACAUUAACGAGCCAUUCAAGCGUUCUGGCGACCUCCUGCAGGGCUACCGCAUUGCGCUUGACCCUACAAAGUGGGAGGCGGAGCGUGAGGCUCUCCGCGCCGAAGCCGCUGAAGAGGAAGCCAACGCGGAAAUCGACCAACUUGAGAGUGAUGGUGAGGAGGAGGCGGAUGACAUGGAAGAAAAGAAAGCGAAGUCGAAGAAGCGGAAACGUGACUCUGACGCUGCACCCGCAAAACCGAAAGCAAAACCCAAGCCCAAGAAGGAGUCGACAGAGCCUACUCCUAAGAAGAGGGCUGGCAGCGCCAAGGCAAAGAAAAACGGCAUCAAGUCGAAGGCCAUGGUCGAAUCUGAGGAUGAGGGUGGUGUUGAUGCGGACGACGCUGGUCCCAGCAAACAGGCUUCCCCACCACCUACAAAGAAGGCAAAGCGCGAGAAGGACGGCGAGGAUGAGGUGGACGCUGCUCUGAGCGGCGACCCUGAAGCACAAAAGGUCAGGGACUGGAGACACAAACUGCAGAAGGCCUUCUUGAACCCGAAGGCUGUACCCAAGGAUGAGGACAUGCCCCCGUUCGAUGUGAUCUUCACAACUGUCGAGAACUAUGAGAACAUGAACAUCCAAUAUCUAUCGUUCUCGAAAAUUGGCAAAGUCAUGCGUCACAUACAUGCCCUCCCGCUAGAGAGGGUGCCUCGAGACGAAGAAUUCAAGUUUAGGGACCGCGCAAAGGCCCUUGUCGACAAGUGGCACGAGAUUCUCAACGCCAACAAGGCGAACGGCACGGCCUCAGAGGGCGCCAAGGCUGCAACGAACGGCUCAAGCCCCUCUGCGAAAGCCGCCGAUGCGCCAGAUGUCGGCGCAACGACAAACGGCAAACACGACAGUGAGGAACCUGCGAAGGCGGAGGUCACUGAAAGCGCGAUGGAGGUCGACGCUGUCGUUCCGGAGGCUGCCGAGACCGGAGAGGCGGAGGCAGAGGGGGAGCCGGAAACAAUCGAGGAUGCUCCCGCUGCGGAUGAAUCUAUGCUGGCCGAUGUGACUAUGUCGGAGGCAGCAUAA